UGCCAUUUUAGGGAUGCGUGACAUCGCUUGGUGUUGAAGAUGAGCUGAACUUCAGUGCUUUCUGUCGACAUCUAAUGAAUCUCAGCAACUGAAGUCAUUAUAUGUGUCACCUGGAGAAAGAUGAUAAUGGCGGAUGACAAGGAUGUGCUCCGAGAUGUUUGGUUCGGAAGGAUACCGGCCUGUUUCACACUGUCUCCAGAGGAAACCACAGAGAGAGAGGCAGAGCCCUACUAUCUGCUCCUCCCACGGGUCAGUUACCUGACGCUAGUCACUGAUAAAGUCAAGAAACAUUUUCUCAGAGUCAUGAAGGCAGACGACGUGGAGGAGAUGUGGUUUGAAUAUGAGGGGACGCCUCUCAAGUGGCACUAUCCCAUUGGCGUGUUGUUUGAUCUUCAUGCUUCAAACACCGCUCUGCCCUGGAAUAUCACAGUGCGCUUUAAGAACUUCCCAGAACGCGACUUGCUUCACUGCCCAUCGAACUCUGUGAUAGAAGCGCAUUUCAUGUCAUGCAUUAAAGAGGCAGAUGCACUCAAACACAAAAGCCAAGUCAUCAACGACAUGCAGAAAAAAGACCAUAAACAACUGUGGAUGGGUCUGCAGAACGACGAUGAGUGACAGACCGUUCAUCCAAAAGCUCUUCCGACCAGUGUCUCCUGAGGGCCACACGCUUACGUUGGGAGACCUGCUGAAGGAGCUGUUUCCUGCUGCCAUAUGUGUGGAAGGAGGUUGGAAUCAGAGAUGUGAGGAAAAGACAUUAGAGGAAAACAAAUCUUUAACAUCUAGAGAUUUACAGAAGAGAUGAGAAAUAGGAAAAGAAAGAAAAAGACAAAUCAGGGUUGCGUGAAAGAAAUCCACAGCCAAAACAGGGGCGGUCUUGGUUUCUCCUGGGAGGAAGUAGAUAAGCAGACAAUAGCAGUGAACUGCUGGCGGAGAUGCCUGCAUGACUGCGCACAUCUAUGCUGCUUCCAGCCCAAUUCAAGACCUGCUUGCUUUGUCUGAAAGGCCUGGUGGUUUGGUUGAAGAGAAAGUGCCGCUUUGUGCGUCUCUUUUUGUUAUUGUUCUGCCUCUUCCAGACAUGGAGGAUUUGCGUUGAUAACAGCUCAGUGCAAAGUGUUGAGAUUACAGAGAAAUGCAUCUCUACUUGGGGAAAUACCUUUUCUGUCUCAAGAUGGUCUCAAAUCAUAGUUGCUUAUCACAGUGUAGAUUUGAUUAAUCAUUUAUCAAUUACACAUGAGUGAAAAGCUGCAUUUUGUGACUUAAAUGUCGUCUUUUAUCAGCAGAUGAGGUUUUCUGUUUUAUGAAAGGCUUUGAUGGUGCCUUAAUGCCACAGAUGAUUUACGGUACUGUUAUAGUUGCAAUGAAAUGGGGAUUCCUACAAAUAAAAAUGAAAAGCAUUUGCUUUAGCCAGACUGACAUGUAUUGUCAGUGCCAUGUUAUAGCAAUCUGUAUGUCUCAAACACUCAGUGGAAUGGAAUCUAGCGCUAGAUUUUUACCACUUUUGGGGUAAAAAUGGAGACAUGCUCAAAUGGUGCAGUCUCUCCUACGCUUUUCACAAUAAGAUAAAGAUUUUAUAUAUCGAAACGGCAAUACAUGGUACUCGAAAAUUUCCCCAUGUUCUGUUUUAGAAGUCAGUCAGAAUAGUGAGAGGUUUUAUAGUGAAUAAGAGUGUGUGUGUGGUAUUAUUUCAAAUAAAUGAAUUGCACAGAAAACCCCCACCCAGCAGCCCUUCGUGACAACCCACGCUGCGAGUGGGGAAACCUCCAGCUGGCCCGCCCACCUCCAUCCCCACCAGCAUGUCUCACUACUCAACCUAUGACAGGCAUUGAAAUGACACUUUCAGUGGCUGAUAUACCGUGUUCAUGUGGUUAAAGAAAAAGGGUCAGUGACUCAAAAAUUAUGAACUCUGUAGACUGAUUAAUGACUGAUUAAUUCUGAAGUUAGAAAUCAGAGUGCUUUUUAAAGAAUUGAAUCGUUUAGACGGAUUAAGUAAGUUGUGUUUGAUAUGUUGGAUAUACAGGUCUGUGUAUUUCUGGGUAGUUUAUACAAUGUGUUAAUGGAUUUUUUAAAUCAAGAUUUUUACAUAAACUAUGUAUGAAUGGAAAAGCAAAUACAUUAGGUCAUGUUUUGCAAUAUUAGCGAUAGUUCACCCAAAAAUGAAAAUUGUCAUAAUUUACUCACUCUCAUGUCUUUCCAA